AAGGAACGACAGCACAGGCAGGACCACAAUGGAACGGCGCCGGGUGAUUUGAUCAAAUUUAUCAAAAAUCCCUGACAAGAUGUCCGACAGGAGUAGAAAAACGCAAUCGAUACGCAUUUAAGGACUUAUUGAAGUGGAUCAGAUACACACAGAACGAGCCGAACGACGAAAAGUCAAUAGUUUUUGCUAGGGGAGGAAGUUUAUUGUGGCGAAGGAAAUAUAAUUGCCCGGGUAGGCAGGGUGGGACUGCGGAAAGCGGCCAGAGCGGGGGACAGUCAGAAUACAAACUCACCCACCCAGCCAGCCAUGGAGGAGUUCGGGUCAGCGUUGGAAAAGAAUGUUGCCGAUUUAACGGUUAUGGACGUGUAUGAUAUAGCCGCGGUAGUGGGCCAGGAGUUUGAGCGGAUCAUUGAUCAGUAUGGUUGCGAGGCUCUGUCCAGGCUCAUGCCCAAAGUGGUGCGGGUGCUGGAGAUCGUGGAGGUGAUGGUCAGUAGGAACAGCAUCAGCCCGGAGACAGAUGAGCUGAGGCUGGAGCUGGAUAAACUACGGCUGGAGAGGAUGGACCGCCUGGAGAAAGAGAAGAAACACAAGAAGGAGUUGGAGCUGGUAGAGGAUGUAUGGAGAGGUGAGGCCCAGGACCUGUUGUCUCAGAUCUCUCAGCUUCAGGAGGAGAACAAGACUCUCCUCACUAACAUGUCCAUCAAAGAUCCCAUGAGUGAAGAGGACCUACAGAGGCACCAAGGUAUGUCGGAGCGGGAGCGUCAGGUGAUGAAGAAGCUGAAGGAGGUAGUGGACAAGCAGAGAGACGAGAUCCGAGCCAAAGACCGCGAGCUCACGCUCAAGAAUGAGGAUGUUGAGGCACUCCAGCAGCAGCAGUCUCGUCUGAUGAAGAUAAACCAUGACCUGCGCCAUAAGAUCUCUGUGGUGGAAGCUCAGGGGAAAGCUCUCAUCGAGCAGAAGGUGGAACUGGAGGCGGGAGCUCAAGCACGGGUACAGGAAAUGGGAGCACUCCGGCAGGAAGUGACACGUUUAAGGGAGCGACUGCAAGGAGACAUGCCCCGUCAGGGUCCACAGGAGCCUCCUCCCCAGCCUCCGUCCCCUGCACAGCCUGGUAUCCCCUCCUCAGAGGCGGGGGUUCAAGGUGUAGGCUGGCCCGAACCAGACAGACACUAUCCCCCAGAGCUGCGGUUGGGGCGUUACGAUCCCGCCUCACGCCUCCUGUCCCUGGAUGCUGAUGAGGAUGUAGAGGAAGAGGCUGUGUUGCUAUGGGAGGCUCUAUGUGAUGAGGAGGUGGACGGCCUGGACCAGAAGGAUCCCAACAGGCCCCGGUUCACACUGCAGGAGCUGAGAGACGUUCUACAUGAGAGGAACGAGCUCAAGGCCAAAGUGUUCAUGCUGCAGGAGGAGGUCGCCUACUACAAAAGUGAAGAGGCGGAGGACGAGACCGGCCCUCCCACUCCUUCCCCUUCCCCCGAACAACUGAGGGCACGGCCCCGACACAACGCACAGCCUGAGUCAGGAAUCAAACGCCUGUUUAGCUUCUUCUCUCGUGACAAGAGGCGGAACUCCCAGCGGAAUGCCCAGUUUGAUGACAGCUUCAGCUCGUGGGCGGGGAAUGAUGAGGUGUACACGGAACAGGCCCAGGAGGCUUUGCAGCACAUGUAGUGAUUGGACAGCGUUUGAUGAUGUCACUCAGAACUCUCUCCCUGUAACGUUACAAUGCACUUAAAGGCAUCGUAACGGUCAGCUUACUGCACAGUACACACACCUACAGCUGAGCACAGCCAUCCACCUACUGAGAUACAUACUGACACUGAAAUACCAUCAGCUCUAAGUAACAGAGUCAUUCAGAGUCAUUCACCCAGCAUCUAGAGAAGUUUAACCUAACCACCCUGGAUUUGGCAGUAAACUCCUUGCCUUGCCUUGGGACUGUGCUUAGUGCGCCUGCUGCAGUAUAAUGGGAUUUUAUUAAAUUUUUGCUUCUAAGUGACAGGACUCACAGAGGGUUGAUGGUGAAGAGGAGCAGAUUCAGUUUGACUACUAAAAAACUAAAAAACUCUAAAACCUCUCUAAAGCCUUUCUUUAUCCCAAGGUGAAAGCCACCAGAAUUGACGGAUGCACAGAGCGGUUCCCUUCGUGUUAGAACUGGCAGGGAUACACUAGGCGUGAGAGAGAGACAGAGUCAGGCUUGGUAGGUUUGUGGAAAGAGGUGACAGGAGAGAGAGAUAGAGGAACCUCAUGAGACACUCCAGAUAGAGAAUAAUGGUACACAGAAGAGGAAAGAGGGUUACGUCCAGUAAAGAAACCUUGAAGACAAGUGGGCAUGUUUUUUUGACAUGAUUCAAAAAAUGGUGUCAGUUCCGAAUACGGACCCAGAUGUAGUAGGCUCUGAUCCAUCGUUUUACUCCCUUGACCCUGAGCUAGACCAGUCAUGACCUCGGAGGCAGCUAGGGGGCGCUAUGGCUAGGACACCCUCACCAGCACUGGCUAAAAAGUCUGUGAACAGAUGUGGUGGCUUUUUUUUAACAGAUUGACCUUGCACAUAAAUUAAUAUUGAGGUGUUGAGGUGGGAUUGCCCAAUUUAAAGAAAAUGCUAUGGUUUUAUAUUUUGCCAGUGGUGAAUGAAGCACAGAAGGUUGUAGUUUUACGAUGUCUUAUGGAAAGACUAUUUUUGUUUUCAAAUUAUUUAACUAGAUUUUUGUUUUCAGGCUUUUUAUGGUGCCUUCAGCCAAGUGGUGUACAUAUGAAGCAAGAGAGCCAAAGAUGUGCAAGUUUGGCAAACUGUGUUUGGUAUAUACAUGUACAAUUUGAAUGGGCGCCAUUUUGGAACCAAAUGUGACAAGACAAACUAAAAACACUCCAUUGAGAAUGCAAAUGUGAAUGUUGUGGAAUAUUUGGUUUAAACAUGGAUGACAGUUUGCCAAACUCUGUGCUGUGGCUGCAAGAUGGUUUGUGAGAAGUAAAAUGGCUAGUGUGGACGAGGGAGGUUCUUGAUACUGAGGAGUAGUCCUGAUUUCAGCAGUCAGACAGACAUAAUGCUUCAGCCUCACUAUGCUAAGAGAUCAUUGAUACUAUUACUACGACUGGAGAACUGUUCAAUAAUUAAUUUGAUGAUGCAAGAGACUUAAUCAAGGUGCAAAACUAGGGCAAAGCUUAUCGUGACAAAAGGGAUUGAUAGUCGAAACAAGUUAUAUCUUGUCGUCUAGUGGCAACACCUACAACAUAAUUUACACUAAGGGAAAUAAUACAGUAUCUAUCCGAACAAGGGCAGUUGUGUCAUUAUAUGCAAGACAUCCCUCUUUUGCAACAAACUUUAUGGACCCGCUUCACACCAGGUAGAUUUAUAUUGGAAGGAUUUUAAAUAUGAUAAAUGUCUCAGUUUUCAUACAGCUUGUUGCCUUUUAUUCAGAUAUGCCUACUCAAUAAAUGUGGUGAUCCCCAGAAUGUU